AUGAGCAUGGACAACAUAUUGGGUGACCCGUUUGCGUUGGCUACCGUCUCGAUCGCCAUGCUUGCAUGGUUUAUUGCCUUUGUAGGAUCGAUUAUCGCGACAGCACAGCAUACAGACUUCCCUAAUUACUCAUGGUUCGCCAUCGCCUACAUGAUGUGCUGCAUUAUUGGGGUAUUCGUAGUGAUUGCGUCGGACACAACUCAAACGUACCAUGUCGCAAUAGUUGGGUAUCUUGCAUGCGGCCUGGUGCUGACCAGCUCAUCUGUCAAUUCUCUAAUCUAUUCUUCGAAUGGCGCCAAAGAGGCGACCGCUGCUGGUCACAUUCUGCUCUCUAUGGUCAACAUUGUCUGGAUUUUCUACUUUGGAUCAACUCCGUCAGCCGUACCUCGUGCGUACCUCGACUCAUUUGCCCUUCAUAAGGACCACAGGACGUCGCAAGGAGGAAGAGGCAUGACGAACAGCUAUACCAACGGUCGUCCAGAUACAUCCAUCUCUUCCAACGUACCCCCACAAAUGUACACAUCUGCCCAACUAGGAGGCUUCGAGACUUCAUCUCCAGUUGCCGGAUUUCCAGGAGGUGCUAGCACAGAAAGAAACUCUUCCCAGCCACGAUUCACAAACGGCGCAGCAGCAGCACCAACCAGCAACUUGGCUACCAGCGGCCCAAUGAGCAGCGAACCAACGGCUGGUGAAGUGGUAGCACCUACCGAGUACCCGUACAGAGCGAAGGCCAUCUACUCUUACGAAGCCAACCCUGACGAUGCCAACGAGAUCUCCUUCUCGAAGCACGAGAUAUUAGAAGUCUCCGAUGUCAGUGGGAGAUGGUGGCAAGCUAAAAAGGAGAACGGAGAUACGGGCAUUGCGCCUUCGAAUUAUUUGAUACUCUUAUAG